AGCCUAGAGAUUGCUAUCUCUCAAAUGUACUAUUGCCAGAUACAACUUUGACACAACUCUACAAUAAAACUCAUUUUGCUUCCCGUGGAAGCAAUAAAUCAAUCUCUGCUGAUAACAAUACGCAGAAAAUGGUGUAUUUCUUCUUCAGUGCUUGAGCCAAAACCCUCGAAGAAUUCACUCAAUGGAGGAUAAACCAGCGGGGACCUCAGCCGCGGCGGGGAUGGAGUCACCGGCGUCGGCCGAGCCCGCUUCCUCACGGCGGCGAGCCGGAGGCCAAAAGAGGAAAGGCAACGCGCUCUCAACAUCCAGUUCUUCAUCUACACCGUCGAAACGGGUCACACGCGAGAAGGGCCUGAUCUCUCACCCUCCGAUCCACAAUGGAGGUCCGUUGACCAGAGCGCGCCAGAGCCCCAACAAUUUGGCCCCUUCGGCUUCUGCCGGGUUGGCCGCUGCUGGAUUUAAGCUAGAGGAGAAGGUGGCUUUUUCGGCGUCGGAGGCUGCGACGGUAGCAGCACUGGAGGAGGAGGUGAGUAAGUUAGAGGAGUUGCAGGCAGCAAUAGAACUGGAGUUCGAGGGAAUUAGAUCUAGAGAUUCUAACGCCCAUGUGGUGCCUAGUCAUUGCGGUUGGUUUUCAUGGACAAAAAUUCACCUCCUUGAGGAGCGUUCACUGCCUUCAUUCUUUAAUGGGAAGUCCCAAACCCGGACACCUGAUACCUACAGGGAGAUACGUAAUUGGAUUGUGAAAAAAUUUCAUACAAAUCCAAAUGUACAGAUUGAAUUGAAAGAUCUGUCUGAGCUUGAUGUUGCAGACCUUGAUGCAAAGCAAGAGGUGCUAGAGUUCUUGGACUAUUGGGGAUUGAUUAAUUUCCAUCCAUUCCCACAAAUAGAUUCUGCUGCCAAUGCAGAUGGUGAUAGAGAUGCGAGGAAGGACUUGUUGCUUGAAAAGUUAUUUCACUUUGAAACCAUUCAACCAUGUCCAUCUGUUGUUCCGAAGCCUAAUCUUUCGACUCCUGCUAUGGCAUCUGGGUUUUUUCCUGAGUCUUCACUUGCAGAAGAGUUGGUGAGGGCUGAGGGGCCAGCUGUUGAAUACCACUGCAAUUCUUGUUCAACAGAUUGCUCUCGCAAGCGCUACCAUUGCCAGAAGCAGGCAGAUUAUGAUUUAUGUGCUGAUUGCUUUAAUAAUGGGAAAUUUGGUUCAGACAUGUCUUCAUCAGAUUUUAUUCUUAUGGAACCUGCAGAGGCUCCUGGUUUAAGUGGUGGGAAGUGGACAGAUCAAGAGACCCUACUUCUCCUUGAAGCAUUGGAACUUUAUAAAGAAAACUGGAAUGAGAUUGCAGAGCAUGUUGCCACAAAAACUAAAGCUCAAUGUAUAUUGCACUUUGUUCAAAUGCCAAUUGAGGAUGUCUUUUUUGACUGUGAUGAUGAUGAUGUAGAUGGGAGUAAAGAAACUACAGAUCAACCUGCAAACAAUGAUGAUACAUCUGUUCCUAAGGAUGGUACUGAAACAAGUGAGGAUAAAACUGGUCCUAAGGAGGAUAUGCCCCUGACUUCUGAACUAGAAGCUUCAAAACCAGAAGAUGCGGUUGAAGUAAAAGGCUGUCAGGAAACUGCAAACCCUAACAAUGCCAGUGAAGCAAUAAUUGAUGACAAAUCUUCAAAAUCAGAAGAUACUAGUGAAGUGAAGGCUGCUCAGCAUACCAGUGAAAAUUUGGCACUUAAAGCGCUUACUGAAGCAUUUGAAGCUGUUGGUUAUCCUUGUUCUUCUGAAAAUCGGCUCUCAUUUGCUGAAAUUGGAAAUCCUGUCAUGGCUUUGGCAGCGUUUUUGGCAAGAUUGGUAGGAAGUGAUGUGGCUAUGACUUCAGCUCGCUGCUCUUUGAAAUCCUUAAAUAGUGAUUCUCCUGGUAUGCAGCUGGCAGCAAGGCACUGCUUUCUUUUGGAAGAUCCACCAGAUGACCUGAAGGGACCAGCUGGUCCUGAUUGCAGUGCCAUAGAAACAGCUAAUCAAGAGGCUCAACAAUACAACCAUGAAGGCAAAACCCAGAAAGAUUUGGUUGGAAGAGACUUAUCAAUUGACCACAAUAACAAGAAAACUGAAGAUUCUGCUCCAGAGGAAAAGCAGCCUCCGGAUUCUUUGAAUGAUGAACCCACUGAGAAGGUAAAUACUGCAAAUGAAGCAGGCACUGCAAUUUCUCAUGAGGAAGAUGAAAGUGGUAAAUUGAAGGAAUCUAGUGAAUCAGAGUUUCAAAAGGACCCCCAGAUAAGUAGUUUAAACGAAUCAAAUGCGAUGCAAUCCAUGUCUGAGUGUCCCCCAAGUUCUUUUCAGGAGACAGAAGGAUCUUCAGCGGCUGCAAACUCUCAGCAAAUGGAAGUUUCCAAGGAUAUAGAUAUGGUGUCUGAUUCGAAACCAUUUGAAAAUAAUGAGCCUUGUCAAUCAGCUGCACCAAUGUUGGUUGAAGAGCUCUCUCAAGCUGCAGAGACAUCAAAGAAUGUAAAAAUGAUCUCAGAUUCUCUGCCUGCAGGGAAGAAUGUGCAACUAGUGAAAACAAAUUCAGUGGGAGAUCACUCUCAGCCCAUAGAUGCUCCAAAGGAUAUAGACAUGUCGUCUGAUCUGCCUUCAGAAGCAAAAGAGUCUCAGCAGCCAGUUGCACCAAAUUCAGUGGUUGGAAAUGGAACAACUACAGCUGAGGACCAAAAGGACAGCAAAAAAGAGAAGCCUGAUUGUAAGGAGAUUAAAGAUGACAAUAGCAUCGAUAGAUUUAAGCGUGCUGCAGUUUCUGCACUUGCAGCAGCAGCAGUGAAGGCAAAACUUCUUGGAAACCAGGAAGAAGAACAAAUCCAACAGCUCGCUGCAUCAGUGAUAGAAAAGCAGUUGCAUAAGCUGGAAAUGAAGUUGGCUUUCUUUAAUGAAAUGGACCACGUAAUAAUGAGGGUCAGGGAGCAACUUGACAGGUCAAGGCAAAGGCUAUACCAUGAGCGAGCACAAAUAAUUGCAGCCCGACUUGGGUUACCAGCAUCUUCAUCUAGAGGAAUGCCACCAACAUCACCCACCAACAGAAUUGCAAUGAACUUUGCUAACUCGAUUCCAAGGCCUCCUAUGAGCAUGACUUCCCAAAGGCCACCAAUUGUAAGACCCAUCGGGACAUUGGCUCCUACCCCUUCUAACCCAUUUGUAUCAACAACUGCAGCAGGAAGUUCAAUUCGGCCUUCUGGCCAGGACAAGCUUUCUUCAGUUGGGACGAAGUAGUCUUUCCUCAGUAGGCAUGCGAAUGGAGUUCUAUUGAUUUUUACUCUACAUUCAGUUACAAGCAGUUAAACAAGUGGAAACGGCUGGCAUCUUCCUUUGCGAAGCACUGUUGGAGUGUUGGUCUUGCCUAUUGCUAAGAAGCUUGGAGAUGGGGACUUGCCGGCAUACAUUUUAUGGUAAAGCCUGUUGGUCUCAUUUGUAACAGCAAGUGUGGGGAUGAAAAUUCAACAAACUUACGGCUUGGAAUUUUGCAUGUGGUUGUAAUUUGUAAGGUUUAGUCAAAUAUGUUUUAGACAUACUAAGAUAAGUGUUGUCUAUAAUGGUAUGUAAAAUUUCUUACCGCUCCCAGAUUGUAGGUUUUAACAUAGGUAAUCUUUUUUCCCAAAUUUUCAAUUAGUAUUAUAUUGUAUAACCAGAGCAAUUAAAUUCCAACCAGUCAUAUAUGCAUAAUCUAAUCCGUUCAGGACAUGAGUGAAUGUAUUAUUAUGGAAAA